CAAAUCGGAUUGGAAUCUUUACGCAACCAAACGAGCCCUUAAAUAGUCUAGCGUCUGCUUCUGGUUCGUCUCUCUAAAUACUACGAAAUUGACUUUACUUGGAUUAGCUUCCACCUCCAUCAAGCGCCAAAAGAAUAUCUCUAUCCAUCGCCGACGCCAAUAAUGACUCGCGGAAACCAGAGGGAGCGCGAUCGUGAACGAGCUCAGGCUCGUACCUCCGGAAAGGGUGCCAAGACCAAGGACGACGGCUUGACCCCCGAACAGCGUCGCGAAAGGGAUGCGAAAGCACUGCAAGAGAAGGCGGCGAAGAAGGCUGGCCAGGCUGCAGCGGGAGGGGAAUCUUCGGGAGGUAAAGGGAAAGAUAAUAAGAAAUAAAGAGAAGUUUGUUAUGUCCAUUGGGUUUUUUCCUUCUUUUUAAUUUUUUGAAUUGUAAUUGUGGUGUUAAAGUCAGGAUUUAUUUAUCUGUGGGAAUUAAUUUGAAGUGGAUUUGAGAUUUAGCAGGUUGUGAUGUUUGAAACCUUGAUAAUGCUGGAUAACGGUUGAUGUGUAUUUAAGAAUCCCUAUUUCUUAUUGUUUUAA